AAUUUUAUUCGAACAGCUGCUAAAGAUUUACCAUCAGGAAGAUUUUAUCUGGAAUUUAAUCAUGAAAACGAAAAUUUAAAUGAAUACAGUAAAGAAUGUAAUAAACUAAAAUCUCCAUACAACAGAUAUGGUAAGGUUGUAAAACUUUGUAAGCAAGUUCUAAAAUAUUUAAAAAAAUAUCGUGCUUCCUUUAAUAAUGUGAAUGAUUCUUAUGAUGUUUGUGUUCUUUUGAAUUAUGCGGCAUUUUCUAGAUUACAUGAAAUUUUCGGACCUGCUGACAGAAACAGGAUUACUCUUGCUUGGGCGUAUCUCAAUUUCGUAUGGAAUGAUUUUUAUAAAAUAAAAUGUAAACCUGUUAAUAAUAUUUAUACAAAUGACUGGCAUAUAAGAAAGAUAUUGUAUGAUUAUUUCGUGGAUUAUGGUGCUAUCAAAAACAUUUUCUCAUUUUAUAAUGACACAUGCCAAAAAUAUUAUACGUACCUAGAAAUAAUUAUAGAUGUGUAUAAAUAUUUUAAUGACUUUUGCACAUCUGAUGAUAAUAAAGAUAGGUGUCCCGAUUUUUUUAAUAAAUGUAAGGACUAUAAUCCAAGCACAUACAUAGAUAAAGUAAUUUGCCAUAAUGAAAUGGAAUCAAGAAGGUCUGCUUCUAAAACUCCUAAACUUGUAGGAGAAGAACAAAGACAUUCAACAGAAUUAAAUUCAGUUCAGGAAUUUGAAUCUUUGUUGCCAAAAAAUGAAACGGAUUUUUCUGAUAAUUCAAUUUUGCAAGGUCACAGUUCCGACCGC